GUUUUUCCAGAAGUGAAUUUGAUUUAUCUGACUGAGCACCGUAUUCAUCUCUUUAUCGGUUGAAGAUACUGAAUUUUUCCCGAAUUUUUGUUGCUUCAAUUAUUAGACCAUCCCCACACAAUAAAAUUGCACCGCACCCUCACUCUCGAUUCCUCUGUUUCUCUCUCCUCCAUUUCCCAUCAGACAUCAUCCAUCGAGUUAUUAGCGAAGAUAACAAACAGAAUAUCUCACUAAAUACUCUUUCUCUCUCUAGAUCAGAUCACAAGGCAAUGCAUUUGUGAUUUUGUAGUCAGUAGUGUGCUGAAAAUCAACACCAGUCUAAGGGCCAUGGCCCAACACCAACAUGGAGGAGGAGUAAAUACUCAUUCUUCCUCUUCUGCUGCUGCAGAGGAUAAUAAUGGAGAUGAGAUCUCCCCAGCUUCGGCCGCUGCUGAGAGAGAGGAAGAAUUGGUUGAGUCUCUUCUCGGACUUGUAGGGGAGAUCGGGAGAAUGGGGGGCAGCGAAAAGCUCUGCUUUCCUCCGCCCCUUAAUAGGAAGGAGUGCGGGAGCUUCAUGAGAAGGAUCCUCCUCCUCGCCCCCCUCUUCGAGGAGCUCAGAGACUUUCUCAUGGCAUCUACUCCUCCAGAUGCUGUUGCCGCCGCCUGUCGCCCAUUGUUGCCGGAUUUGGCUGCAGCGAUUCACAAAGCUAAAGAAAUGCUGCUGCUCCUCAGCCACCCAUCCACCAGCAAGAUCCGCCUGGUUCUUGAGGAGAAGCGCAUCACCUAUGAGUUCCAUGAAGUUAUAUCACAGUUGGAGCACAGUCUUGGAAGGAUGCCAUAUUCUCAGCUCAAUAUAUCAGAUGAAGUUUGUGAACAGGUUGAACUUGUCCUUUCCCAACUGAAAAGAGCCAAAGAAAGAAAUGGAAGUCUCCUUGAUUCCGAGCUAUGUGCCGACCUCUUUGCAAUUCAAACCGAGCCAGAAACCGACCAAAAAGUGUUGAGCAGGCUAGCAGACAAACUACAACUUACUACUAUCUCAACAAUUGAACAGGAAUUCAAAGCCUUUCAAACCUUCAUCGCAGAAGGCAAUGGGAACACAAUUGAAAACCAUGAUGUAGAGCGUAUGAUGCUCAGGUUGCAGAGCUUGAAGGACUCCAAUGACCCUCAACUAGACAAAGCUAGUGCUGCCAAGAAUGCAAGCUCACCAGAGAAGAAACCUGCUGAUGUUGUUAUCAUCCCUGAUGAUUUCCGCUGUCCCAUUUCAUUGGAAUUGAUGAGGGAUCCCGUGAUAGUGGCAACUGGACAGACUUAUGAACGCUCCUGCAUACAAAGGUGGAUAGAUUCCGGACACAAGACGUGUCCUAAGACACAACAGACACUUCCCCAUCUUGCACUCAUCCCAAACUAUGUGUUGAGGAGCUUGAUCGCACAGUGGUGUGAAGCCCACGGUGUCGAGCAACCUAAGAAUUCAGGUUGUAGCAGGUCACGAAAGUCAUGUGGCGGGUUGGCAGAAGAAGUACCCGGUGAUAGAGCAGCCAUUGACAAUCUCGUACAACUGCUCUCCGAUGGAUCCCCUGAGGAGCAGCGGGGAGCUUCUGAGGAGUUGCGGUUGCUCGCAAAGAGGAACACAGACAACAGGGUAUGCAUUGCAGAGGCGGGGGCAAUCCCACUCCUCGUCAACCUUAUGUCAACCAAGGACCUCAGGACACAAGAGCACACAGUCACCGCCAUACUAAACCUCUCCAUAUAUGACAACAACAAAGGGGCCAUUGUUAUGGCGGGGGCGAUCCCCCAUGUGGUCGAGGUCCUUAAGUCAGGCAGCAUGGAAGCGAGAGAGAAUGCGGCCGCCACCCUUUUCAGCCUUUCACUCAUGGACGAGAACAAGGUGACAAUAGGGUCGUCAGGUGCAAUUUCUGCCCUCAUUCAGUUGCUUUGUGAAGGGAGCACUAGAGGCAAGAAGGACGCAGCCACAGCUUUGUUUAACCUUUGCAUCUAUCAGGGCAACAAAGCGAGGGCUGUUAGGGCUGGGAUCAUGGACCCGCUGAUGAAACUGCUAGCAGACCCAAAUAGUGGCAUGGUCGAUGAAGCCUUAGCGAUACUAGCCGUGCUCGCAAGUCACCAUGAUGGUAAAGUGGCCAUAGGAAGGUCUAAUGCAAUACCAGUUUUGAUAGACUUGUUGAGAACAGGUUUGGCUCAUAACAAGGAGAAUGCGGCUGCAAUCCUGCUAGCCCUUUGCAAGAAGAAUCCCGAGCAUCUCAAGACUUUGCAGAGGCUCGGAGGAUUCAUACCAUUGUCAGAGCUCGUCAAGAAUGGGACUGAGAGGGCAAAAAGGAAGGCGGGUUAUUUGUUGGAGCACAUGAGCAGACUGGAUCAGAUGUGGGAGGAGAAUGUCAAAGGCCGGAGGCAUUCUUCAUGAUAAUGACAUUUAGAAUUUUCUUUUGCUUGUUGCUACUGUACACUAUUGGUAGGGUGUCAGGUGUUUAACAAUUGGAAGCUGAUUGGCUAAAGCUGCUCUAGCUAACUUUUCUAUUCAAUUGGGUGUGUUUUAAAGUGAUUGUCCUAAUUUAAGUGGGGAUAAAUGGGAUUCAUGACACAUUUUUAGCCUCGAAACUUAAUUAUCAAUUGCGAGUGAUUCAUUUGUAAUAACACAGGAAUUCUGCACAUCUAUAUUCGAAUUUCAAAAGUUUGUUCUUGUAC